AGAGGUAACAAGUUGAGAGGUCGUGUUAGCAUAUUGGUAAGGCGGCUACACUUUUGCUGCAGUCAUAGUAAGUAAGGCACUCAAACAAAGCAAAAAUAGUCGUGGGCUAAUACCUAAAAAAAAAACAAUUUGCUGGGAAACGGUCCGUGGAACAGUUUUAAUAACCGUUAGCUUUGAGUGGUAGCUUAGUAACGCAGUUGUUGAACAGCUUAGCUAGUGUGCUAACGUUAGCAGGCUGCUAGCUGGCUUGCCAAGUUGCUAUGUCGCAACCAAGUGCUUGGACUUAUCGGAGCUAACAAAACUACCUCACCUAUACUGCAAAGAUAUUUGACUCCCGAGGAGAAACAAGAAAGAUGGCUGUGUCAGUGCGGGGCCUGUACUUUGUGAUCACCCUGUUUUUGGGAAGCAUCUUUGGAAGUGUCUUCAUGCUGGCUCCAGUUCUGCCCCUCAUGCUGCUGUCUCCUGCCUGGUACCGCUGGAUCACGGAUCGCCUCGUCGCUACCUGGCUGACGCUGCCUGUGUCGUUGCUGGAGCUGGUGUUUGGGGUGAAGGUGGUGAUUACGGGAGAUGGCUUCAUUCCGAGUGAGCGAAGUGUGAUCAUCAUGAACCACCGCACCCGCCUGGACUGGAUGUUCCUCUGGUGUUGUCUGCUCAGGUACAGCUACCUUCGUCUGGAGAAGAUCUGCCUCAAGGCGGCCCUGAAGGCUGUGCCUGGCUUUGGCUGGGCAAUGCAGGUGGCAUGCUUCGUCUUUAUUCAGCGUCGGUGGGAGAAUGACAAGAAGCACAUGGGGAACAUGCUAGACUACUUCUGUGACAUCAAAGAGCCCCUGCAGCUGCUCCUGUUCCCCGAGGGCACAGACCUCACUGAAAAUACAAGAGCAAAGAGUGAUGCGUUUGCUGUCCAGCACAAGCUCCCGAAAUUUGAGUAUGUGUUGCAUCCUCGCAGCACUGGAUUCACCUUCAUUGUAGACAGACUACGAAAAGGGGGCAACCUGGAUGCCGUCCAUGAUAUUACAGUGGCGUACCCCAAGAACAUCCCUCAGACAGAACGCCACCUCAUCCUGGGCCUUUUCCCCCGCGAGAUCCACUUCCACGUCCGCCGCUACCCAGUGGCCUCCCUGCCCACCGCCUCGUCCGACCUGGAGUCUUGGUGUCGGGAUCGCUGGGCCGAGAAGGAGAUCCGCCUGCGAGACUUCUACUCCGCCCAGCCCCGGGGCUUCGAUAGGGAAGGCGUCGCCCGUGUCCCACCCUGUAAGUCGGAGCUGCGGGUGUCUCUGAUCAAAGCCGCCUCACUGCUCUACUGGACCAGCUUCAUCGCCUUCUGCUUCACUGGCCUGUGGCUCUGGGCCCCGUUCAGGCUCUACUUCCUGGUUAUGGUGGGAGUAUUCAUGGCCCAGCAGAAGCUGAUUGGCGGGGUGGAGCUGCUGGAGUUAGCCUGCCAUCGAUACUGGAAGUCCACGGCUGCCAAAAAGGGUGAGAAAAGUAAGGUGCUGGAUGCGAAGAUGCAGUGAGGAUGGAAGACAGCGUUGACUGGACGAUGAGAUGUUUCCACCCCGCUCUGAGGGCAAGAGGAUCCUUCUUUAGGGACCCAAUGCUCCAUGCCUUAGAAGGGAAGUCAUGAGUUCAGUUCCUGCCGUUUGCAUGGCUUCAGUCGAGAGAGCUUACCUUUCUGCUGUAGAAGAAAGGGGAAUGUUAUUUAAAUGUAUGUGGAUUCGAGGAAUUCAUCACACCUAUUGCACCACUUGCCCUUUCUAUGUCCCUCCCUGUUAUUUGGCUUGCUGUUUGUGCAUUUUAUCAGUUGACCUUGUUGGAUGUUUAUUUUAGUCGUUUGUUCAGAAACUCAGUAUGGUCAUGUGCCAUGAAACAAUGCUGUCAGUAUUUGCCAUACUAUUGCCAUGUCUUUGGAACUUGUUUUAUUGUAUUUUUUUGUUGCCCUUUGGUUUUAUAUCCGUGUCAUAAAUGAUGGAGCGGAGCCAUAGUACAGACCUCCUGUACAUAUGAUGACUUGACUCUAACCAAUAUUUAAAUCAGCACUGUCGGCUGGAUUAGACUGAUGGGACUAGUUCAAUUAAUUAGCUUUGAUUAGACGUCUCGAACAGGGAAAGAUAAGGAGUUAAUUCCCAGAGAAUUACUUAGGAAUAUACAGGUAUAUAUGUGUACCAUUGUUUACCUUUAUUGGGUAUAAUUACCCUUUUAUACAAAUUGGGGAAAGAAUUUCCCCAGUUAGUCCUCAGAGAUGACUUGUGUGAUGAUGCUUAUAAUUACUGUCCAGGUUUUGAAACAUAAACGAUGUUAUUCUGUGUGUUUGCUCAAGUAGCUUUUGCACAUAAAAGCCAAAUGUGGGAGAAGCAGAUGUGAUUUUUAUCAAGAAACCAAACAGAAAGUCUUGUUAGGAGAGGGAAACCUCAUCCACAGCUGGAAAGGUUACCCAGAGCAAACGCUGAGGUAACACUUGUGAUCAUCUACUCGACAAGAUCAGAGAUUUGAGAUCUUAUGUCUGUACAAGCAGAUGAGCUUUGUGCCCUUUCUGGGAAUGAAGGGAUGCCUUUUAGAGGCAGGAUGUGGGUGGGGGGGCCGGGGUGGAAGAAUGUCCUGUUGGGACAACAUUACCCCUCGAUGUGCCGGGGUGGCAUAGAGGACCAGACUUGGAGUGGAAAACUGGCCAUGAACUCAACCUAAUCCAAAAAAGCCCUGUAAUGCCCACCUCUGCCCGUGUCCCUCUCCGGAGGACUGGCAUUGAUGCGCUUGCUAAACUCAAUUAGCAAAUGACAGCUGAGAAAGCUGCUCCGAUUGUGCCAAAAAAGGACUGAAAUUAUAACAAGAUUGAAGCUGAGCUUGAACCACACUUUUAGCCACUGACUCUCCUUGCCACUCAAAACCAUUUCAAUUCUAUGAGUCUGGAAACUUUUGUCUUAGACUAUCUAGCACUUUCUGUAACACUGUGCCGUGUGUUCUAGAUGACCACUUCAACCCUGAUUUUGUUUUGUUUAUAUAAAUCUGAAGGUCCUGUAGUUUAAGUGUAAAGAGGCUGUUUCCAGUCACUGUGAUCCAGCUGUGUUAACAAUUUUACCAUCAGCAUGUAGUAGUUUACCAAACAUGGUACUAUAUCCGUUUCCUCGGCUUUGAACCAGCCAGAUUCUACAUGUAUAACUCUUUCACUUGUGCUGUUUUUCUGUAGCUCAUUUUACAAUCACUCGCUGAUGCUGGACCUCUUCAGUCACUGUCCUCAGGUAAACAAGAGUCAGUCUCUUACAGGAGGAAAUGUAUAUCUAAAUAAAUAUACUGUAUACAUUCA